AUUGCAUGUUUUAUAAAUCCAAAUAAACAAUCAUGCCCACAGCCACGUUGAAAGCUAACAGCGCCAAGACCACGAAAUCCGGUGCCACGAAAACAAACCCAGCUCCAUCAUCUUACAAGCUGGACUCUACGAAAACCAUUUUGAACGGGCUUAUCCUCACUCCAAAUUUUUCUGCGUACGGAACGGAACGCGAGCAGCCCUUGUACGAUCCUGAAGAGAGCACUUACGAGCAGGACUUUCAUCCCCCCGUCCCCCACUCGACCGCCACACUGCUCUCCAUGGCAGAGGAGAAGAUCAAGGCCAUGUCCAACACUCACAAAAAUCAUGGGAGGAGAGGCAAUGAGAAUCGGGCGAUGAGACCCUUAGGAAAAGCCACCAUUGGAAAUACGACAAAAUCACUUCAACCAAAUGACAACAACACCACGUCUUCCACACAACCUUUGAAAUGGCUUCGAGAGGGUCAAGCAGCCUCAAGCAAGAGAUCCUUAAGUCAGACUCGAAAUUCAAAAUUUGCACAUUCUCCAGCGACAUCGAACAAACUACGAGAUAUUUUUGCACCUGACGAACCUGACAAGCUUAUCACCAUCGGUGGCUACAUUAUCAAUAUUGAAAAGGGGCUUCCUCCACAAAUGAGCACCUCCGUUCGUCCAAGCGUCUCCUCUAACGAGCGGGGCGUGGAGAUUGAGGUGCGUAUUAAAGAUGUCGACCCGACGAAAAUCGUUGUAGAGAAGAGAUACAAUUCCAUCUUGGUGAUUAGCGUCAGGGAGAGCGGGAUUAAACUCCUCAAGGAAAAGCUGAACACAGCCGACUCUUCACUUGGGUUGGAAGACGAUGUCAUUGAAGUUGUCAACAUUUUUGCUCCGAGAGACGUCUCUUUGACGAGAGUGAUGGUCACACCCGCGGACUCCAAAGGACGACUCUUCAUCAAGGCUCCUUAAUUUUAUAGCCAAGCCGCAUGAUUCUAAAUUGCAUAUCAAUUGCAUGUGUGUAAGCAUUUUAAGCGGAAAAAGUUAAUUUUCAACACUGAAUUUAUUUUUUGUUAAUUAUCAGAAGUACAAUAAAAUACUUACGUAGCUGCAGAUUGUUAUACAACGCUUUUGAAGCUUCCAAACAAGAGUAAUUCAAUGUCGUAGAAUAGGAAAUGGCCCUUAUGAAAGCUUCAACGACACCAAGUUAAUAUAUAUAAUUACAGAUUUCCAUGAAAGGAAUACAUAACACAAGGAAAAGAUAAUUAGUAUUGAUACAUAACCUCAUAUAAAAACUGUUAAAAUGACAAAAACAAUCGAACUACAAAGUAUUUAUUUUUU